AUGCAUAGGGUUCAGAUAGCUUAUCUUCAGGAAACUAGGUGGAAGGGGAAUAGAUGGGGUGAAUACAAUGGGUACAAGUUAUUAUACUCGGAGUCUGAGGGGGCUAAAAAUGGGGUAGGUUUUCUAGUAUCACUAAAAUAUCACAGGAAUGUGAUUGAGGUAACACGAUACAACGAUAGAAUUAUGGCGCUCAUUUUAGUAUUAGGCGAGGAAGUUGUAAUGAUGGUUUGCACAUAUGCACCAAAUGUGAGAUUAGGAGACCUAGAGAAAAGAGAGUUUCAGGAUUGCCUAGACUUAGUAGUGAGAGCCAUACGUAGGGAGGAGAGAAUUUUUAUAGGAGGGGAUUUAAACGGUCACAUUGGUAAGGAUAAUGAUGGUUAUCAGUCCAUACAUUGGGGGUCCGGUUUUGGUGAGAGGAAUGAGUCUGGUAGGAAUCUUCUAGAAUUUGCGGUGGCACACGACUUGGGUAUUUUAAACUCGUUCUUUAGAAAGAGGGACAUGCAUUUGAUCACUUUUAGUAGCGGGGUUCAGAACACACAAAUGGAUUAUCUCUUGACGAGGCAAGUGAACGGACGAUGGUGGAAGGACUGCAAAGUUAUAACAGGGGAGACAACAGUGAUUCAACACCAUCUGUUGGUGGGAGAUAUACUCUUAAGAGAAAAGUUGGUUAAAGGAGAUAGGAGUAUUCGACCUAGGAUCCGAUGGGGAAACUUAAAAGGCGACAAGGUGAUAGAGUUCAAAGAUAAGGUCAUCGCUAAGACUGUGGCUCAAUUGAGUCGAGACGCCAAUCGGAUAUCGGAGGAUAUGGUGACUACCAUUAUUCAUGUAGCCAAUGGGACUUUAGGGGUUGCAACAGGAAAGUCAAGUGGGCCUAAGGACACCUGGUGGUGGAGUGAAGAGGUGCAGAACAAAAUUAGGGGUAAGCAUCAGAGCUUUAGAGAUCUUCUUAGGUGCGCAAAUGAUGAGGAACAAGUAAGACCGAAGGACAAAUACAAGAAGGCCAAAAGGGAGGCUAAGAGGGCAAUGACGGAGGCAAAGAACACAGCCGAUAAGCUGAUGAACGCUUGGAAACAAAGGAGGCGAACAUGUUAUGUUCAAGAUUACCAAAGCUAUAGAGAGUAG